GACAGGGAAGCCGAAACUAUGGAUGAUGGUAAAAGGUAAAAAUUUAAAUUUUCCCGCAAUUAUGAAUUUGCUAUCUUAUUAAGAAAUUAGUAAAAAUUAUAGCUUUUAUAAUAUUCGUUUUAACCAUAUGUUAAUUGCGUAAGAUUUGUCGGCAUGGAAUAAAUUAUUGAAGGAAAAUGCAUUUAAUGAAAAAGUUAAUUCCAUUGAUCUAAAAAUUGAGAUCAAUGACAGUUCUGGAGAUUCAAAAGUCGACAGCACCAUGACUGAUCCAAGUGCUGAAGUGGUUGAAAAAAUGGAUGUUGAUGAAAAUGUUGAAGGGGAAAUCAAUAAGGAGAAUAUAAUCAAUAAUCAACCUACUGUUGAGGUCCCAACACCUGUCGAAAUUUCAGAAACCUUACCAAGACAGGAAGAAAGUGAUAAAAAUAUAACUAUUUCUAAUGAAGUACGCCCAGAAGAUUUUCAAGUAAUGCAAAAUAAUCCAACUAAAGAGAAUAAUGUUGAAAUUGAAAGAAAUGGUAAAAAGGAAUUUUCUCACACAAAUGGUAAUGAAGAAAGCCAGUGUUCAAUCGAUGAACGUUCACAAGAAUCUCAUAAUUGCUAUUGUGGUCGGGAGAGAAAUUUGGGUAUUGUGGAAUUACAGUGUGGUGGAUGUUCCAAAUGGUUCCAUGAAAAUUGUGUUUCAGUUCCUAUAGGGAAAUGUGUUCCUUUUAUGUCAAAUUAUUCUUUCCUUUGUAAACUGUGCAACUCAUCUGGGAUUGAAAGCUUUUCAAAGAAACAAACCACUUUCAGUCAAAUGUGUGGAACUGCUCUUGCUAAUUUAAUGCAGCAGAGUAAAGCUGAUGGCAAAGAACGUUCGAUGUUUUCUAAAGAUAGGGAAGUUAUCCCCUACAUUGUUUCUAACUGGGAAUCUCUCACUCCUAUGGCAAGAAGAAUAAAACAAACUUGGCAUAAUACUUUGCAUAAAGCAGUGUUGAAAGACUCUGAAAUAUUUCUUUGUGAUGAGCGGGGGCAUGAUGGUUCCAUGUAUGGUUUAGUUCAUCAGGAUUUGGGCAAAAUUGGACCCAGUUAUGAUGCUGUCUCUAGAGGUCCACAGAAACUAAAUAUUGAUUCAUCAUCAUCUCAAGGCACUUUUGGUGUUCCGAAAGGACGCAGUAGUAAAAGAAAAUUUUUUGAUGGUCAGAUGACUGGAGCUGGGAAAAAAGUUAAAAGUGAUUUAGUUAUGCCCAAAUUGCCUCCCAAUGGGUAUCCUCUUGAACAUCCAUUUAAUAAGGAUGGUUACCGGUACAUCCUAGCAGAGCCAGACCCUCAUGCUCCAUUUAGACAAGAGUUUGAUGAAGGUCAAGACUGGGCUGGCAAGCCUAUUCCUGGUUGGCUGUACAGAAAACUGACUCCUAGUAAUGUGCUGAUUGCUCUUCAUGACAGAGCUCCUCAGUUGAAAGUCUCAGAAGAUAGGCUAUCAGUUACUGGUGAAAAAGGCUACUGCAUGGCUCGAGCAACUCAUGGUGUUAAUAGAGGCACUUGGUAUUUUGAAUGUACCAUUGAGGAUAUGCCCGAAGGAUCAGCUACACGUCUUGGUUGGUCUCAAGCAUUGGCUAAUCUACAAGGACCUUUGGGGUAUGAUAAAUUCAGUUACUCCUGGCGAUCACGGAAAGGCACAAAAUUUCAUGAAAGUAAAGGAUAUCAUUAUGCAGAUGUUGGCUAUGGACAAGGGGAUACUCUAGGCUUUCUAAUACAUCUUCCAAAAACUAGUGAAACUAUACCUCUUCCUCAAAUCUAUAAAGAUAAGCCUUUAGUGAAAUUCAAAAGUUACUUGUAUUAUGAAGAAAAAGAUGAAAUGCAGUUAGAAUUAAAAAAUAUGAAGCCUUUGCCAAAAAGUAAGAUUGUCUUCUAUAAAAAUGGCAAGAGCUUUGGAACUGCUUUUGAAAACAUAAAUGCAGGGACUUAUUAUCCAGCUAUAUCUUUGUAUAAAAGUUGUACAGUAUCACUUAAUUUUGGUCCAUCAUUUAAGCACUCACCUGAAGAAAACUUUAAGCCUAUAUGCAAUUUAGCUCAUGAUGCAACCAUAGAACAAGCUAUGACAGACUUACUGUUUUUCACAGAAAACAAAGGAAAACUACGGUUGGAUAAUUUGUGAUUUUAAUUAAGAAAUGAAGACUCAUUCUAUAAAAGCAUAAAAUAAUCUUUAUUUUCAUCAUACAAGAUUUUAAAAACAUUUUUAAUAAAUAUCUAUUUUUAACCAGGCUCAUUCACUAAUGUGUCCUCACUUUCCUCAAUCUCUGUUGAAC